AUGAGAAUCCCGCCUGUAGAAGUCAUUCUCAGUUGGCCGACCCCAAACUUCGUCAACCCAGUCACGAGAGGCCCGGCCAACGAGAUCGUUGCCAUCAUCCUACUGGUCAUCGCCACCGUUAUCCUCGCCAUCCGGAUCUACACACGACGAUGGAUCACUAACGGGUUCGGCUGGGACGACAUCCUCGUCGUACUGGCCUUCAUUCCAGCUACGGGCUUCGUGGUCCUUGGGGUCAUCGCUACAAACAGCUAUGGCUGGGGACGGCAUGUCUGGGACGUGCCUACCGAAACCAUCACAGGAUCCCUCCAAAUUGGCCUCGCUAGCCAGAUCCUGUUUGACUUGGCGACGAGCUUCACCAAGUUGUCCAUGUUAGCUCUGAUGUACAGAAUUGCGUGUGCGGCUUCGAAUAAGCUGAGGUUGAUCGUUGUGGCACUUCAGGCACUCAUUUCCGUCAACUGCGUCGUCUUUAUAUUAGUAGCUAUGCUGCAGUGUCGGCCUCUCAAGCUUUACUGGACUCUCUCCCUGGAGCCGCAUAAUUGCAUCAACGAAUCCGCUCACCUCCUCGUUGCCGGAACCAUCAAUACCGUCACCGACUUUCUCGUGGUUCUCUUGCCGCUCGCCCUUGUGCGCAUUGUCUACGCCAACAAGCUUACCUCAAGACAACUAACCAUUGUCAACCUCUUAUUUGGUGCUGGAUUUCUCGCAUGCUUUGCUGGCAUCGCUCGCACAUACUUCACAUGGAUCAUGACUACGGAGCCCGACGCGACAUGGAACGCCUGGAUCAACUGGCUCGUAUCUUGCCUGGAGCUAUUCCUCGGCAUCAUUUGCACAAGUAUUCCUUCUACAAAGCCAUUCUUCAACAAGUAUGUUCCAAAGUUCCUCGGCACCAACGCACGUAAAACUCGCGCAACGACGGAGCCAACACCCACCGACAAGGCCACCACCGGUUCAGCGAGGACGAGUCAAAUGUCAAAUGAGCCCGCGGUGAAGGAGCUCGACGUUAUCCCCUCAAAGUCCCCCGCCACCAAAAGGUUUAGCGAAGGGACGCUCAACAAGCCGUUACCAGCAGUGAUGAAGAAUCACUCAGUCUACACUAUCAACAUCCAACUGGACGAGGCCAGUCUCGGGCCCGCUGAUAGGUCUCCCGACAGGAGAAGGGCCCCCGGUGGUCGAACGACGGAAAAGUCGGACAUUGCCGUCAACAAUUUCAGCCGCCCAAAGAUCCAACAUGUGAGGAGCAAUUCAGAGCCCUCAAGCCAGCACCGGCCCAGUUUCAGCGCUGAAGACGACCGGCCUGACAGCCACCUUACGAAUGCAUCGGGAGAGAGCAGUCGUCACAGUCGUCACAGUCAGAUUCUUUACGAGGUUGACGACAUCGUCUACCGUGAGAGCAUCCGCCAGAACAUUGACGACCUCGAGGCAGGCAUUCGCUAUGGGACCUACGACCGCAGCAGUUACACCGCCGUACCCGCGCCUCUGCGGAAACACGCGAAAUCGGAUCUGUCGGUACAUUCGGGGGCUAAUUGA